AUGGAGCACUGGAUGUCAAGUCUCGGGGGUUGAUUUUUGUAGCUGUUUGUGCUCCUGUGGUGAGGUUUCAGAUCCCUAAAUGAUUCGCUAAAUUCUUGGUGCUAGUACUUGGUUGACCAAGAAGAUCAGUUUCAUGCAGGACCUCUUGUCUUUGACUGUAGCAAAUAAAGCUUCCUUUGCUAAUGGAAGUGCUUUUGCCAAUGUGCCAAGCAUGUGAGCACCCAGGAUAGCAGCGACUGAACACAACCAGCAUCUCUUCCAAAGUGGAUCUUCUGCUUGACAGAAUAAACACAGAAGACGCUGCAUUUGAUGAAUCCCUGGCCAGGUCUGUGCAGCCGUGUCCCACCUGCAUAAAUCUUCCACGCUGCAGGAUGGCAACAGAGGAGCUAGCAGCCAUCCGCAGUCAGCUGCAUUCUCAAGCCAAGAUCAUUGAGUCCCUCACCCAGUCCGUAAAUAGACUGAAACAGGAGAGGGAGCUUCAGCAGCAGCAGAUCAAUAAACUGGAAGAGGAGGUUCAUCGAUUGCAGAACAGUCCUCACAGUAGCUUGGAGUCCCUGCUGGGACACAGGAUUGAGGGACUGAAGAGCGAGUUUCAUAACCUGCAGCAACAAAUGUUUCACCAGCCAGAUGGAGAUUGCACUCCGGAUGUGUACCCCAGCUCCAGCAUCCUGCAGGAGAUGCACGAGAGCAAAAAGCUUCUGUGGCAAGAAUAUGAAUGUGUGAGGACAGAGGUAGAGCAACUGAAGGACACGCUGAACCGGCAAGAGGAGGAUCUAUUCCAUCAGAUGUCUGCAACUGAUGAAAUGAAGAGAACUCAAAGUCGAUACUGCAAGAUGCUGGAAGAUCUGAUGAACAGCUACAAAGCUCAGUCUCACGACUUGGAUAAAGCCAAGGUGGAGACGCGGAGCACCCAGCAGGAGCUCAGCCACGUCAAAUCUACAGUCACUGACCUGAAAGACCAAAUGAAAAGUCUGUGCAUGGAGGAGAAGCCACUUAUGAAGCUCAUGGGAAAGAAGAGAGCUUGUCAAAAGACAAUCAAGGACUCGCUGAGAGAGGAGAUGUUUACUUCCUCCGUGAUUGAUGAUUCCACCUCUGAGCUCAGUCUUACAGACGUCAGCUCCGAUGAGCUCUCCAGCACCACAGAGAUCAAGGAGCCAGAAGGUUCCAGAAAUACUUCCACCCCGAGCCUGGAGCUGAAAGCAAGCACACCACGAGAAGAAGCCGGAAGCAUGCUGGAUGAGGAUGAGGAUGAGGACUUUGGCAGUGACCUGUCAGACAGUCUGCCUGAACUUAACCUGAGCGACCUGUAACGUGUAGCCAAAGAAAGCCUGCUUCUGUCGAAUAAGAAAAUAAUUAAAGGUGGAAAGGGAAUUGGCCUCCUGGAAUUACCUAGAGAGGUGGUGGCAUCUCCAUCCUUGGAGGUUUUGAAGACCCGGGUAGACAAAACCUUGGCUGAGAUGAUGUAUUUGGGGCUGAUCCUGCUUUAAGCAGGGGAUUGGACUGGAUCUGACCUUGUGAGGUCCCUGCCAACUACCAUUUUCUAUGUUCUAUGAAUGGGCAGGCUCCUCAGCUGACCCUGCACACAGUCACCAGCAUGGUGGGCUGUGAAGGAACCAAGGCAGGUUGCAUACAUCGAUAGCACUGGGUGUGAAGUGCCUCCAGUGAUGCAUUCAAAUGCUCUUUCUCUAGAAGACAGCAGUGGGGUCUCUUGGUGUGGGGUUGGACUUCUGGCUCUAACUCUUUUUUUUAGCUUCAACACUGGGGCAUGUCUGUGGAGCCAGGCCCUGCAUGUAGAGAGAACACAACAGACCUUUAGCAGCUGGACACAAAUCUACUUAGUCAGCUGAGAGCGAAGGAAAAGCAGCUGAGCUGUGCCAGGUGCUGGGCCAUGGCUUCCCCAGGGGGAUCUGAAAUGGUCUGAGAAGGCCCCUUUGUUGAACAGUGUUUCCAUGUCUUCUGCAAGGGGAAAGUUGCUUUGGUUUUGGAGAAGAUGGCUGCAGUGAAGAAAAGGUGUCUUAUAAAAUUCUGCUCUUCUUC